AUGCGUGUCUCAUUCAUCCUUUCCUUCCUCCUGGCUGGUGCUACAGCCUUCCCAACAGCGUCCUCAAACAAAAAGAGAGCCGUUGCUGCCCAAGAUGUCAACCUACUUGAAGCCCGAGACCUUCUCAACCGCAAUGAUAUUGAGGAUGGGGAUUCCUCCAGUUGUCCCCCAGCAAUUCUGAUCUAUGCGCGUGGUAGCACAGAACCUGGCAACCUUGGAAUCACGGUUGGGCCGAUCCUCGCAGAGGCCAUGCAGCUCGCUAUCCCAGACAUCUGGAUACAAGGUGUUGGUGGGCCCUAUACGGCUGAUCUCGCGCCCAACUUUCUUCCGGAGGGGACUACUGAUGCCUCCAUUGAUGAAGCUAAAAGGCUGUUCCAAAUGGCCUACGAUAAGUGCCCAGAUACGCCCGUCGUGACGGCUGGUUAUAGGCAAGUAAUCCUCUUCAUCGAUUUACUUCAAGGCACGGUUGUCGUCGGAUAUGCACUCAGCGAACUUCAAAUCGCCGUCCAGAACCAGGUUGUUGGAGCUGCCUUGUUUGGAUAUACCAAGAACGAGCAGCUUGGGGGCCGUAUUCCGAACUAUCCUACGGACAAAACCAAGAUCUUCUGUCUGCCUACGGAUCUAGUGUGUGACGGAACUUUGUUCAUUCUUCCUGCUCAUUUUCUAUACGGUGCAGAUGCGGCGGGUCCAGGUCCGGAAUUCCUGGUUGGACAGAUUAAUGAGUAG